GAAUUUGGGCCCAAUAUAACUUCAUACUCUAAUAGCCCAGCCCGUAUGUAAACGUAAUCAUCGUUUUUUACCGGUAUAAAAUUUCCUGAAAACUGCAUCUGAUCUAUUCGUUCAGCUCUCUUUUGAUCGACUCUUUUCUUCAGAUUGACCAAGCAUCAAUUCGAGGUAUUUGCAAUAUUUCAUCUGAUGUUGAGAAGAGGUUUGGAUAGCAGAAGAAAAAAGGUCGUGUAGCCACUGAAUCUACUUCUGAAGAGGUGGUUUCUAACAAGAAAAUGCCAAAAAACAAGAAAAAAGGUGGGGAUGCCACGGAAUUUAAACAAGUAGUUUCUGUCAAAAAACCAGUGGAAAACAAGAGAAAAGGCGAAAUUGCUGUGGAUUCUGUUUCAAUAGCAGGACUUUCUGGCAAGAAGCCUCUCAGGGCUCUUGAGCCUGAAUCUCAGAUUGCAGGCAAAUGUCUGAUUAAGAAUUAUGCACCAGGCAACGAAGCAGAAACCAUUUCAGAAGUUCAGGCCAUAAAAGGCAAUAAAAGGAAGAGAACAAAUGAAGGAGUGGGAGAAAGUAAUAAUAAUAAAAAAGAAGAUAUAAGCGAUGCAAGUUCACAUCAUGGGAAAGAGAAAAGGGGAAUUAUAAAGGAGAAGAAUGAAGAGGGGAAAAAGGAAGAUGAGAAGUCUGGGAAAAAUCUUGGUGGACUGAUUUUUAUGUGCAAUACCAAAACCAAACCGGAUUGUUUCCGUUACCACGUGAUGGGAAUCUCAGCUAGCCGGAAAGAGUUUGUUAUGGGCAUCAAGCCUGGUCUUAAGCUUUUCCUCUAUGAUUUUGAUCUCAAGCUCCUGUAUGGAAUCUAUGAAGCAUCUUCUGCUGGUGGCAUGAAACUUGAACCGGCUGCAUAUGGGGGGGCCUUCCCUGCUCAGGUCCGCUUCACUGUUCAUAGUGACUGCCUUCCACUACCUGAGAAUAUAUUUAAGAAAGCAAUCAAAGACAAUUAUGAUGAACGGACACGCAAGUUCAAGACAGAGUUAACCGCAUCCCAAGUAAAGCACCUGUCAAGCUUAUUCCAGCCAACCCCAAAGUUGCAUUCAAGUGGUAAAUCUUUGGUCCGGGGUUCGGAACCCGUGCCUGCACCAAACAUUUUGCCAACAGCAAUUUUGCACACUGGGGAGAAAUUCAAGCGUCAAGGCAGUAGCAAAACAGGAGAAGAUAUUCUCCAGUUUGAUAAAGAGAAGAAAUUAUCUGAGCACCAAUUAAUUUCUACUGAUGUUCCUUCACAGCGUCCGCUUUUUCUCACAGAGCAAGAAUACAGAAAUUAUGGUCUUCGACAGGGAAGUAAUCUCUUGCCAACUGCUGUAGGUGGUAUUGUUGGCCAUGCACGGGAGCCUAGAAAUCUUGAACAAGAGAAGGAUCAGUUUCAAAGGAACCCUGCUCCUAUGAACAAUGUAACUUUACAACAGAGAGAAGUCAGUCGACCUGAUGCUACUUUUCUCAGUGAAAAAGAGUACCGCACUUAUGGACUCAGAGGUCCCCAUGAAAUGCCGACUGAAGUGUCUCCUGUCAUAAGAACUAAUCAAGCUGCCAAAGAGGCAUAUAAUCCUUAUGAUGAAAGCACCACAUCGUUGGUAAAUCGAUAUCUCUCGCUGCCACCAAUGACAGCAACAGCACCUGCCAGAUUACAUUCUCCUAUAAAUUAUCCAAACUCCACCAGUGGUGCUGCAGUUAAUCCUGGAAGAAUGAUUCCUGAUGGAGAAAGAUCAUAUUCAUCAUAUUUUCCUCAUGAACUGUCAGAAUACAAUCGAAGACCAUAUCCAUCACAUGCUUCCAGGGAACCAUCUGAAUACAAUCAGAGAUACAACCUCCUUGGCGGCAAGAGCAAAUCCACAUCCACAACAGUCUCCGACCGCUAUUCUUUUGGAGGACCCUCUGUCUCGCGGCGCUGAGUGUAAUCUUUGUAUUUGUCUCGUUAUCUUCAUCAAAAAUUAUGUUUUAAGAGGUACAUCUUCCACUCUCAAGCUUUCUUGUGUGGAUCAAGAUUUCAUCGAAGAGUUGUAACUUUGCAUAAAUUCUCUUUGUUGUACAUUAUAUUUCUGUACUUGAGUUCAAGACUCCUAAAACCCAUCUGCGUGAAGAAUAUCAGAUUAACUGUUGAGAGGAUGUGAUGUACCUUUUAUGCUAAGACUUUGCAUGCUGAUUGAUGAGUCGCGUGGGUCUAUUCUUGUCUGAAUCUGUCGGGAUUAGCACUAUCCUUACUGUUUAAUCUGAGAAUUUGUUCCACCAGUUUGCUGCAAUUCAGAUAUAAACUGUGGGUUGCUCCCCGGGAUUGGUAAUCAAUCUUAAUUCAGGAUGGAAUUUCCAAACAAGAUAGAUGGUACAUCAUGGAUUCCAGUAGCAUUUUUUAGCUAAUGUAUAUCAUCGGCUCAUCGUAUACUUCCAAUGAAUAUUAUUGGUCUUCUACUUCUCCACCAACAGUGAAUGAUUUUGGUCACAUUUGCUAAAGAAAAUCUCGUUCAAGACCACCAUGUGAAUGCAGGAGGAUGUCGGAAAUUUCUGGUCUGGGAUUGGAUUUCAGCGAAAAUAUUAUGUGUUGUCGCUGUUAUUUAACUGAUAUUGAGCUCUUCAAGCGCAGACGAUCCAUUCCCUGUGUUUAUUUCUCUGCUUAACGGAUGCAAAACAUUUUGAGAAACCUGUAAUACUUUUCUUCUUUCGUUGUUUCUAGUACCGAGAAAUUAAGUUUUAAUUAUUGUUAGCUCAA